AUGGACUCGCCGCUUCGCGCCUUGCUUCGUCCGCACAUUCUCUACCCUCUCUUUCUCCUGAUUCUCGUCGUAACUCUCAUUCUCACCCGCGCUCCCCGUGCUCCAGACGGUCGCAAACUCCUCGAGUUUACCAGACGGCGAAUCUCGUUUAGCGAAUCGUCCGAUAUCGAGGAUGCUGGAUCAGGCGUCGCCAGUGCGACAGCCGGCGACAGCGUUCUCGACGCGGUAGGCGACGCGACGGGCGAGGCAAACCCUCGCGUCGUCCACGUGGCGUUCGAUCCGCUCUUGGCGGAGGUGGAGCAGCAGCGCGACGACCGCGCGUGGGAGCGGCGGUACGCGCGCCUGCACGGCGCGCGGAAGCCGUUCCGCGUGCACUCGGACGAUCCGCGGAAGCACCACCUGCACGGGGAAGGCGUGGGCGUGGGGGACGAGGAGGCGGACGACGGCACGCUUGAGGGGAGCGAGCUGGCGGAGUUUGAGGAGGAGCGCGCGCGGUACAGGGACGAAGAGGACGACGCCAUGUGGGGCGAGCUUGAAGGUCAACACCACGAGUUCACAGAAGACGACCUAAGGCACGACCACUUGAACCUCUCCCACCGCCUCGCCCUCCUCUUCCCACUCCUCGACACCUCGCCGCCCGACGGCCGCAUCAGCCAAUCAGAGCUCGCCACGUGGCUGCUGGAGCUGGAGCGGGCGGCGAGCCUGCACCGCACGCGGCGGGAGAUGGAGGCGGUGGACGGCGAUGCGGACGGCAGGAUCACGCUGGCCGAGGCGCUAGAAGACGAACUUGCCGACCAGGCAGCCUUUCCCCAAGUGUGCACUCGCACUGUUCUUCUCCUUCUCAUCCCCACCUCCCGUUUCCAUGAACCCCUUGCCCGCCCACCCCCGCCAGUGCACCAUGGCGAGGGGGGGUGGCAGCACGUGGGGGGAGAGGAGCAGCGGAUGGAGCUGGAGCAGCGAUUUCGCGUGGCGGAUGCUGAUGGGGAUGGCCAGUUGAGCCUCAGUGAACUCAACAGCUACUUGCAUCCAGAGGACAGUGAUGAUCCAAGCCUGCGUAACCUGACGUUGCUGCAGGAGUUCAGGGAUCGCGAUGCUGACAAUGACAGCCGCAUAUCGUUCGAGGAGUUCAAGCAGACGGUGUUUCACGAGCUCAUGGCGCAUGAGGACGACAGCCAUGACCCUGUGGAGGCGCUUGUCCACUUGCACGCCGCCCAGGAGGAUAAGGACAAAUGGAGCAACGACCACCGCCGGCCGCACCGCACGGGCGGCGAGUUCCGGGAGGCUCUGGAGGAGAAGGAGAGGCGGGCGAGAGGGAGGUUUGAGGAGCUUGAUAAGGACGGGGAUGGCUUCCUCACGCCUGGCGAGUUUGAGCCGGUGCUGCGGGUGCUGUGGCCAAGCGAGAAGGACUUUGCUGGAAAGAAGGCGGCGGAUAUGAUUCGACAGGCGGACAGCAAUGGUGAUGGGUACCUGCAAUUAGACGAGAUGCAAGCACACUCACAUAUAGGGAAGCACCGGGACCACGAACCUGCCUCGAUUUUUGACACGAACCAAAACGCGGAACACGUGGACUAUGGGCUUAAGACGGUAGCCAAAUCGACACUUAUUACACUAUUGGAGCGUCCUGGCCCAGGGUCUGGUUUUGAGAAUGUGGCAGAUCGAGUAGUCAACCGUCGAGUCACCUGCGAUGACGAGGAGGACGAGGAGGACGCGGAAGAGCAGAGCCGUCAUGUUGCCGCAGAUGCGGAUGGGAGACGUUUGAGCCGGCGCGCUAGUCGCCUCGGAUUAGAAGCACCGGCGGCGAUUCCACUCGUCGGACGCUCGAUCAUGAACGGUUAUGAGGUCGUGGAAGAGUUGAGCCGUCAUUGUGCGGAUGGGGAACCGUUGAGUCGACGCGCAAGUCGCCGCGGGUUAGAAGUUCCGGCCGCGGAUCCACUCGCGUGCCACCCGAUUAUGAACGAUUAUGAGGUCGUGGAAGAGCUGAGACGUGGUGCGCAUGGGAGAUUUUACCUAGUCCGUGAAAAGCGAGCACGGGGUAACGGCUUAGCUUGUAGCGAUAGCUCGCUUAGAGUAAGCGGAGCUGCGAGCUUCGUCAGUCAUGACGCUGCGGAGGGAGCAGGCGAGUCCGAGGGGAGAGUACCUCCGGAUGCCGUGUGGGUGAUGCGCGUCGUUCCGCUGCCGGAAGACGCGGCACAGCGUGCGGCGUGCGUGAGGGAGGAAGAGAGGAUGAUGCAGCUGCGCCAUCCGUGCCUGGCUGAAUGCAAGGAAGUGUUUAUCGAUGAGGCCUCGCAGACCCUCUGUACUGUGAUGGAGUACUGUGGAGGCGCCACACUCGCGGACCUGAUAAGAAGCCAUGAAGAAAGAAAGUCGUUCAUACCUGAGCAGAGUAUUGUUGACUGGCUUCUGCAAGCGGCCUUAGCGAUGGAGCAUAUGCACCACCACAACUUACCGCAUCGAGGUGUCACGCAGGCGGAGAACGUUCUCCUUUGCAGCCCAAGCGACAGCAACCCCGCGCGUGUGCGGCUGGGGAUGGGCAUGGCCGCCGAGAUGACACGCCAGCAACCGUACGACUGCAAAUCAGACGUUCAAGCGCUGGGCUGCAUGCUCUGUGCAGCCAUGACUGUCAGCGACGCAUGUUUCCCUGCCACGUCUGUUGAUGCACCUGAGAGACCUGAGACACCGCAAGAGCCAUUUCCCCCACCCGCGUCCGUCCACGAGCUGGUUUCAUUCGUGCUCUCAGGCUGCCAUGACACCCUGCCCAACUGUUAUUCUCCUGACCUCUGUGCGCUGGUCAGACGCAUGCUCUCUCAGAUCCCCUUUGAGCGACCUUCAGCAGCCGAAAUCAUCGCCUCGCCUCUCCUCCACCAACGCGCCGCUGUCUUCCUGCACGCCUGCCUGCAUGGCGUUGAAGAUAGACUUGAGAGUGCCAAUGUUAAUGCCCUUGGGACUGCCGCCCUUGGGACUUCCGCCCUUGAAACUGCUGCCCUCGGGAGUGCCGCCACAGCAGCAGUAGCAGCAGCAGUAGCAGCAGCAGCAGCAGCACCACCACCACCACCACCACCACCACCACCACCAGCAGCAGCAGCAGCAGCACCAGUGGCUGCUGCUGCUGCUGCUGCUGCUGCUAUUGCGGGAUUGGAAGCACGUGAGCGGACAAGGGGGUUGGCAGGUGCAGGGAGUAUCAGUUCUGAGGGAGGUGGAUCUUGUGCAGGUAUAUCUGGGUCAGGGGGAUCUGCCACACGUGCAUGUAAAGCAUGUGCCAUGCCGUCGUUUGGUAUAGCUGGUGAGGGGGAGGAAGUGGAAGGGGGUAGGGUGGAGGAGGUAGAAGGGGGUGCGGACGAGUGUGUGAAGGUUGAGGAAGUAGUGGCAGGGAGUACGAAGGAAAGAUGCGUGUGGGAUAUACUAUGUGGAUGGGGAGGAGGGGGGUUGGAGGCGGAUGAGGAAUGGGGAGUGGAGGAAAAGGAGGAGAAGGAACAACGGGAGUGGGAGAACGAGUGGGGUUGGUGGGGGUUGGGAAAAGAGGACGAGCAAGAGGGAGGGGAAAUGGAUGAGGCGGAGUGGAAGCGAAUGGAGGAGUAUGAUGAGGCUCGGCGCGAGUGGGAGCGAGAACAGGAGCUGAGGGAGGAGUUUGUGCGGGAGAAAGAGGCAGAGGAGUGUGGGUGGGGAGAGAAUGGAGGGAAGGAGGAGCGUGAGAUAGAUGGGGUCCGAGAAGAGCAAAAGAAUGGGUGGGAAGAGGGAGGCAAUAGGGGGGAAGGGCAUGAGACAGGUGGUGGGAGGGAGGAGGGAGAGGUUGGGUGGAGUGAAGGAGAGCAGGAGGAUGUGGAACGAGAUGGUGGAUGGGAGGAGGGGGAGGUUAAGUGGAGUGAGGGAGAGGAUGGGUGGGGAGGGGAAGAACAGCGUUAUGAGCACGAGACAGAUGAUGUAUGGGAUGAGAAUGGGUGGAGAGAAGGAGGGAAUGAGGAGGUGGAACGAGAUGGUGAAAGGGAGGAAGGAGAGGUUAGAUGGAGAGAGGGACGGGAUGGGUGGGAAGGGGAAGAAGAGCGAGAAGCGCAUGAAACAGGUGGUGGGUGGGAGGAGGAAGAGGACGGGUGGAGCGAAGGAGAGACCGCCAUUGAGAUGCAUCUGCACAAGGUCAAGGCACGGCUGGCUCGGUUUGGCGUGCCUCCCAGUGACACGCCGGCAGCAGCUGCUGCUUGCAUGCAGGAGAACCUGGAGAGGAUUCAACAGCUGCUGCACGUGGGGGGGGGAAAGAAGUUAUCCAGUAGAAUGAGGAGGCAGGAGUUGGGGAAGGAGGGUUUGAUGCGGGAUGGGCAUUCCAAAACAAGUCGUGUAACAGCUGGUGAGGAAGCAGUAGGUGACGUCAUGUCUGAGAGGGUUCGGAAGCUUCUGCAGAAGCUGCGGAGACUGAAGGAGAUGGCUGGCGUGCCUACUAAGCAGGCACUGCGAGCCCUGCUCCGGCUGCAAAGGCUGAAGGAGGGCGGAAAAGAGCGCAGGAAGGCUGGCGAGAGUUCCCCUGCGCUCACCAGCUCACACAAGGCUGCCAGCCAUGCGGCCAAGGGGCCAAGGGACGCUCGUCCUGUGCUUGGGCAAGUGCAGGGCAGGCAUAGGGGCGGCUGCGGGGACGACGGUUUGGACGGCGGUGGGGACGACGGUGGGGACGGCGGUGGGGACGGCGGUGGGGACGGCGGUGGCGAGGGCGGUGCAGAGGGGUGUGAAGGUGAUGGUUGGGCCUGGACGUGGGGCUGGAGUGAUGGCUUUCAGAGGUGGAUCGGAGGGGCUGUGGAUGAUGUGGGCCUGGCUGAAGGGGAGGAAUGUUCAGAAGGGGACAGGUAUGCAGAAAGACGGGGGUAUGGUGAAGGAGAGGGGUGUGAAGAAGGAGAGGGGUGUGCAGAAGGAGAGGAUUUCGCAGACGGAGAGAUUUUUGCAGAAGAGAAUGAUGAGGGGAUUUCAGAAGGGGAGGGAUGCAUGAAGAGCAAUGGGUGUUCAGACGGGGAGACGCAUCGGGUAGGGGUUUGGCUCCGGACUGAAAGAGGCUGGGCCAAAAGAAGAAUGUUGUUAGAGGAGGAGGAGUGUACGGACGAGGAGGGGUUUAGUGAUGGAGAUAGUUUGAGGAAAGAGGAAGAACUUUCGCAAGGAGAGGGGAAUGCGGAGGACACUAGGGAGCUCAAUAGUGAGGAUGAGGAGUCGGACUACGAGGUGGUGUGCCAGGUGGCGAUGUACGAGUGGCUGCGCGCGUCUUCAAAGAAAGCAGCAGCUCUCGAAGCAGCACGUGUCCCCACUGCUCCCAAAAAUCCCUUCCCCCACCAGCAGCACGCCAGCAGCAACAGCAGCAGCUGCCUGUCUGACAACCAGGCUGGCAUGGGGAUGGGAGACGACAGCAGUCAUGCUGGUUUGGGGGCUAGAGAAGGCGACGGUGCUGGUGUGAGGCUGAGGUGUGACAGUAGGACCUUCCCUGUGAGCCAGGCUGAAGUGACCGCUGCUCGUGGCAGCAGCAGUAGCUGCCUGUCUGACAGCCAGGCUGGCACGGGGAUGAAACAAGGCAGCUGCCAUGCUGGUGUGGGGGCUAGCAGUGGUGACCAAUCUGGUGUGUGGCUGAGAGGCGGCAGCAGCAGCACCUUUCCAAUGAGCCAGUAUGAAAGGACAAUGGCGACAGCAGCUAGCACCGUCGCUGCUAGUUAUGCGAGUAUCAAAUCGCUCGUCGCAACACAAUCCCCGGCGAGCACAUCCGACGCUCACUCCCAACCAGCAGCUUUCCACGCUCCUCCGCCGCACCUCACCGCCUCUCACUCCUCCAGACGCCGACCCAUCCAGAUCGUCGCUCUCAGCAGCAACAGCAGCCAUAACCGCAGCCGAUCAAUCUCCUCCGGAGACUCCGGAUGGAUUAGGAAAGCCGCUUUAACCGGCGCCGGCCUAGCAGCCGGCAGCGGCAUUGGCUGCGUCUUAAUGCGGCAAGAUGGCCUUGAUAUUCUGACCACGGAGGAUGACGAGGAAUCGGAAUCAGAGGAGGAGGAGAGCGACGACGAGGAGGAGUCGGAUGAGGAGGAGGAGGACGAGGAGGAGGAGGAGGAGGAGGAGGGCGAUGCUAAGGCGAAGGAGGCGGCGGGAAAGAAGGAGGCAGAAGAGAAGGCGAAGAAGGAGAAGGAGAAGAAAGCGGCGGCUGCGGCGGUUAAGGCGGAGGAGUUCGACCCUCACGGCAUGCGGGCGGGCACGCGCGUGGCGGUGGACAAGCUGAGCACGACGAAGCGGUACCGCGUGGCGGACGUUGACCUGGUUGACCAGCGCAGCGACCGCGUCAUUCCCAAGGCGGACGGGUUCUACGAGAUGGUGUCGGUGGGCAAGGGCACCGUGUGCACGCGCGCUCAGCUCGAGGCCGAGGUGGCCAACAUGGCGUCUAGUGGCAUGUUUCAAAUGGUCGAGGCUGAUACCGUCGCGAAUCCUGACGGGUCCAUCAAGCUGGAGGUGAAGGUGCUUGAGGCGCAGUGGCAGGCGGCGAAGACGGUUCGCUGUGUGAACAUGGGGCUCGUGCAGCCGGACGCGUCGGGGCAGGAGGCGACAGAGGACGCGGCGAAGCAGGAGGCGGCGUAUGCGGAGCGGCUGAGGCAGGCGCGGCAGUGCCUGCUGCCUCGCAAGGUGGAGAACGAGCUGAGCGCCAUGGUGCAACGCGAGGGGCGCCUCACUGCGCGCAUGCUGCAGAAGAUUAGGGAUCGUAUCUUGAAGUGGUACCACGACAAGGGCUACGCCUGUGCCAAUGUGAUCAACUUUGGCAACCUGAACACGCCUGACAUCGUGUGCGAGGUGGUGGAGGGGGACAUCACGGGCGUGGAGGUGCAGUUCCUUGACAAGAUGGGGCAGCGCUGCGAAGGCAUCACUGAUGAACGCGUUGUGAUGCGGGAACUGCCCAUCGAGAUCAAGCCAGGCAACGUGUUCAACAUAGAGGCGGGGCGCAAGGCCCUGCAGAGCAUCUCGUCGCUGCAGCUGUUCGCCAACAUGGAGGUCAACCCAAGGCCCGACGACCAGCUGGAAGGGGGCAUUGUGAUGGAGGUGAAGGUCCGCGAGCAGGAGCCCACUUCUGCGGAAGUUCAGACGGAGUGGAGCAUUCAGCCUGGGGAUACCGGCAAGCCCACGGUGUCCAUCCUGCCAGGUGGCAGCGUGUCAUUCGAGCACCGCAACAUCAACGGCCUCAAUCGCUCCGUCACCGGCUCCGUCAGCGCCGGCAACCUGCUCUCGCCGCAGGACGAUCUGGUGUUCAAGCUCGAGUACGUGCACCCAUACAUUGACGGCGUGGAUGACACGAGUCGCAACCGCGUGGGCCGCGUGACGUGUUUCAACCACCGCAAGGUGUCGGCGGUAUUCACGGGCGGGCCGUCGCUGGACGAGGUGCCGGCGAUCUGGGUGGACCGAGCCGGUAUCAAGGCCACUGUCAGUGAGAACUUCACCCGACAGAGCCGCAUCACGUACGGGGCGGUGAUAGAGGAGGUGACGACGCGUGAUGAGAACACGAGCAUCUGCACACACGGCUUCAAGAUGCUGCCCUCGGGCCUGCCCACCCCCGAUGGCCCGCCCACCACGCUCAGCGGCACGGGUGUUGACCGCGUGGCAUUCCUGCAGGCGAACGUGACGCGUGAUAACACCAACUUUGUCAACGGGACCCCCGUUGGCGACCGUACCAUUUUCCAGGUGGACCAGGGUCUGGGCAUCGGGUCAGCCUUCCCAUUCUUCAACCGCCAUCAGCUCACGCACACGCGCUUCAUGCAGCUCAGUGAGGAGGACGUGGACCAUGCGGACCGCCCGCCCAUGGUGGGGGUGCUGCACGCACGCUACGGGGGGUGCCUGGGGGACCUCCCGUCCUACGAGGCGUAUGCGCUGGGUGGGCCCUACUCGGUUCGCGGGUACAACAUGGGCGAAAUUGGAGCCGCCAGGCGCUUCCUUGAGCUUGCGGGUGAGAUCAGGGUUCCAGUCAAGACCACCCAUGUUUACGCCUUCGCUGAGAUGGCUUCAGAUCUUGGCAGCUCCGGGUUGGUUUCUGGUAACCCUACCGAGUUCUUCCGCCGAGCCGGCUUCGGAGCUUCGGUGGGUGCUGGCGUCAGGCUCGGCACCGUGCGUGCGGAGUACGCUCGGGAUUGCAACAUGGGCACUGGCUCGUGGUUUGUCCGGUUCGGCGAGAGGUUCUAA